AUGAAAAUCACAGCUCUUCUCUCCUUGGUUGCGUCUCUGGCGCUCCCCGUGUCCCGUGGUCUGCAGAUUGCAGACAACCCUCCAACCUACUUUGGCGCCGUGAACAAUGCUGCGUACCUCACCUGGCUCAGCAACCAGAACAUCGAAACGAGGUACGACAACUCUGUCUACAUGCCCUCAAUCGAUCAGGCUUCUGGUGCUGCAGUGCACUGGCGUGUGGACGAGGAAUACAUCCAUUUGGCAGUGGCCGCCCGAGCCUCUGGAUGGCUUGGAUUUGGUUUCUCGGAUGCCGGAGGCAUGUUCGGUUCUGACAUGGCUCUCUUCUCCAUCAACAACCCCGGAAAGAUUGUGGAUGCUUACGUUGUGGAAGUCCCCUAUCCUCAGGAGGACUCAUGCCAACAUGAUUGGGUUUAUGUGAACGCUUCGGCUCCUUCCUUGGCAACGGCGAUCUCGCGUUCCGACAGCCGUUUCAACCCUGAAGCUAUUGAGGGUGAAGAGAGCGAGGAAUUCGUCAUGUUCGAAACCCGCCGCAAGCUGGUCACCGAUGAUGCCCAAGAUAUCCAACUUAUCCGCGACAGCCUCAUUGCAGUGCCAGAGACAAGGAUCAUCGCCGCUUGGGGUGAUACCCCUGACGUGAGCUUCCAUGGAACCAGCGUUGCUCGAGGUUCCAUUCGACUCUUCAAGCAAGAUGUGGAGAUUCCUGACUUUCACGAGAACAUGAAUCGUAAUGCCGACGGUUCGUUCUUUGUGGGGUCAAACAGAUAUAUAAUUCCAGAGAAUUCGACCACAUAUGAAGACUUCUGUUUCACCAGGAGCGAUUUGAUAUCUCAGGGAGUUCCUAACACAACCGACAUGUUGAGUAUCAUUGGUUUUGAUCCUGUUGUCGACGACGGUCCCUCGGCUCCCUUCAUCCACCACUAUAUCGUCACAGGAAUCUACAAUGCUUCCGACAACGCAUGUGACAAUGGAGCAGGGCUUGAGAUGGUUUUUGCAUGGGCACCUGGUGAUGGUGGCUUCGCCUUACCCGAAUUCCUAGGAGCCAAUCUUUUUGGAGAAGAUGGGUUCCAAGCAUUCAACAUUGAGAUCCACUAUGACAACCCUCGUAUGCAACGCGACGUCGUUGACAAUAGUGGAAUUCGAAUUUACUACACAACCACGCCCAGACCUGUUGAGAUGGGGAUUUUCCAGGUGGGAGAUCCCAUGGUGGCUCUUUUCGGUCAGCAUGUCGGAGAUGGGCUUUCCUCUCAUCACUUUGACUGCCCCGGAAGUUGUUCUGACUUGUACCUGAGCGACGGGGAGCCUGUGACCGUCAUUCGAGAAUAUCUGCACAUGCACAUUGCUGGGACCAGAACAACAAACGAGCAUAUCCGAAACGGCACUGUGAUCCGCACAGCAGCUACUGAGGUCUGGGACUUUGAUCAGAACGGAAACGUCCCUGUCAAGCAAGAUCCUUACGAGAUCCACCCCGGUGAUUCUUUUCGCACUUCGUGCUUCUACCGAGGCAACCAAGACACCGUGUUCGGACUAGCUUCCCAGGAGGAAAUGUGCAUGGCUUUCUUGUACUACUAUCCUCGCAAAGUCUUCAAGGUCGAGAUUCCUGAAGGUUCAUUCACCCUUCCUAUGAUGUGUGGCUACCAAUUGGACUGGUUAGACAAUGCGUGCUUUGCCAACUACACACAAGGUGGAAUCUUGGAGAGUGACGAUGACUUGGGCCGCCACUUCGGGAAGCAAAACUCUGAGUGCUACCUUGGUACAGAUGCAAUUCCUCAGGUGAGCGUCGAUGUUGAAACACCUGCGGCAGAGUCUGGGUCCUCGUUACGAGGAACGCCCGCUCCAUCGCCCAUCGAAGAAGACCAACCUGUGGCUGCAACCGCACAGGACGAUGCAGAAACUCAACCAGCACCCGAGGAGGCAGAAACCGCAGUUGCUGCCCAAGAAGAGGAACCGGAACCAGCAGCCCAAGACCAGGAAGAAGUAGACAGCAUCCCGCCUCCCGAAAGUUUCGGCGAUGCACUCUCGGCAACCGCCUCCGUUAGUGGUGUUUCCGCCAUUGGCUACAGAGUUGGUUGUUUCGCUACCUUGAUUAUGGCGUACUUGUGGAUCUAG